AUGGAUUCUACUACUGAAACUUCAAGAUGUAUAAGAAAUAUUCCACCAGUUCACUAUUUGAUGAAGGUUGAGUCUUAUAGCUUGCUCUCAAACUCAAAUGAAAGUUACCAUAGUUCUUCUUUCCAAGUUGGAGACUACAAAUGGAGAUUAUCAUUUUAUCCCAAUGGAGAUAAAAGGUUCAAUGCUACCAACAAUUAUAUAUCUCUAUAUUUGACAAUAUGUGAUACUGAUAGUCUUCCAAGUGGUUGGGAAGUUAAUGUUAACUUCACUUUAUUAGUCUAUAAUCAUAGACACGAUAAUUACUUGACUUUCCAAGGUAUGAGGCGUUUUCAUGAAUUGAAAAAAGAAUGGGGUUUUGAACAAAUAGAGUCACUUGAAACUUUCAAAGAUGUAUGUAAUGGAUACCUCUUUAACGACUCUUGUGCAUUUGGGGCUGAUGUCUUUGUCAUGAAGCACACUCUCAACUCAGAAACUCUUUCUGUAUUUAGACGUGAGGAUCUAACUAAUCCUACUUUCCGUUGGGAGAUUAAAGAGUUUUCUAAAAUGGAUAAAUCAAUCAUAUCUAAAAAGUUCUGUUCUGGAGAAACAAACUGGUAUUUAUCGAUCUAUCCGAAGGGUAAAAGUAGUAAAGAUGGCAAAGCAUUCUCGAUUUUCUUAUCUUUAGAUGAUGAUGAUGAUGAUAGUGCUCACAACAAUUCAACAAUUUAUGCUGAAUUUUAUUUGCGAGUAAUUGACCAACUCAAUUCAAAGCACGAAGAGGGUGCAGUUAAUCGAUGGUUUAGUGGUUGCAAAGGUUGGGGUGUUCCUGAAUUUAUGUUAUUGGAAGAUCUUCACAAAUCUUCGAAUGGUUACAUUGUAAAGGAUUCUCUUAUAGUGGAAGUUGAGUUCUCCAUCAUGUCACGAACUAAGGUUUCAAACUCCUAG